GGCGCGCGGCGAGGGCGGGAAGGGGCCGGGCACGCGGGGCCGGCGCUGAGGGAAGGGGCGCGGCGGGGCUGCGGCAGGGCUGCGGCGCUGUGUUCUUGCAGCUGCGCUGACGGGAUGUUGAAGUUCAAAUGCGGUGCCCGGCAGCCGGCAGAGCCCGGCCCUAUGGAGCCCAUCGCCAGCCGCGUCUCCCGCCUCAACUUGCUCUUCCAGGGGAAGCCACUCUUUGUGACUCAACAGCAGAUGUCUCCUCUCUCCCGGGAAGGCAUCCUUGAUUCUUUAUUUGUUCUUUUUGAAGAAUGCAGAAACCCCUCUUUAAUGAAAAUUAAACCUGUGGGCAACUUUGUCAAGAAGUAUGCAGAGACUAUAGCUGAAUUAAGGGAACUGCAACCAAGUGUGAAGGAUUUUGAAGUAAAGAGCGUGGUUGGCUGUGGUCACUUUGCAGAUGUAAAAGUAGUAAGAGAGAAAGCUACAGGUGAUGUGUAUGCUAUGAAGGUGAUGAGCAAGGAGUCUUUGUUGGCGCAGGAGCAUGUGUCAUUUUUUGAAGAAGAACGCAGUAUAUUAUCUCAGAGUACCAGUCCAUGGAUUCCACAGUUACAGUAUGCGUUUCAAGACAAGAAAAAUCUCUACUUGGUUAUGGAGUAUCAGCCUGGAGGGGACUUACUGUCACUCUUAAACCGGUACGAGGACCACCUGGAUGAGACUAUGGUGCAGUUUUAUCUUGCAGAGCUGGUUCUGGCCAUUCACAGUGUCCAUCAGAUGGGUUAUGUACACCGAGAUAUCAAACCAGAGAAUGUUUUAAUUGACCGAAUAGGACACAUUAAACUGGUGGACUUUGGGUCAGCUGCCAAAAUGACAAUAAACAAAAUGGUAAAUGCCAAGCUACCUGUUGGUACUCCUGAUUACAUGGCACCAGAAAUGCUGACAGGACUGAAUGGGGAUGGCAAAGCUUCUUACGGCCCAGAAUGUGACUGGUGGUCCUUAGGAGUCAUUGCAUACGAAAUGAUUUAUGGAAGAUCUCCGUUCACCGAGGGAACCUCAGCAAAAACUUUCAAUAACAUCAUGAAUUUCCAGAGGUUUCUGAAGUUCCCAGAGGAUGUGAAAGUCAGUGGUGAAUUUCUGGAUCUGAUCCAGAGCUUGCUUUGUGGGCAGAAGGAAAGGCUGGGUUACGAGGGACUCUGCUGCCAUCCAUUCUUUGCUAAAAUUGACUGGGAUAAUAUCCGUAACUCUCCUCCCCCCUUCGUUCCUACUCUCAAGUCUGAUGAUGACACCUCAAAUUUUGAUGAACCAGAGAAGAAUUCGCGGGUUUUAUCCUCUGCGCGCCAGUUGAACCCGGCAGGUUUCUCGGGUGAAGAUUUGCCAUUUGUGGGGUUUUCAUUCAUCAAGGCACUGGGAGCCCUCAGAUCAGAAUCUGUUUUUUCAAGUGUGGAUUCUCCAGUCAAGGUCAGCUCCAUGGAAAAGAAACUUCUUCUCAAGAGCAAAGAACUCCAAGACGCGCAGGACAAGUGUCACAAGAUGGAGCAGGAAAUGACGCGGUUGCACCGGAGAGUGUCAGAGGUGGAGGCUGUACUUAGCCAAAAGGAGGUGGAACUGAAAGCCUCUGAGACCCAGCGAUCCCUCCUGGAGCAGGACCUGGCCACAUAUAUCACAGAAUGCAGUAGCUUAAAGCGAAGCCUGGAACAGGCACGGAUGGAGGUGUCUCAGGAAGAUGAUAAGGCACUACAGCUACUUCAUGAUAUCAGAGAGCAGAGCCGAAAACUGCAAGAGAUCAAAGAACAGGAAUAUCAAGCUCAAGUAGAAGAAAUGAGGCUGAUGAUGAAUCAAUUAGAAGAGGAUCUGAUUUCAGCUCGCAGGCGUAGUGAUCUUUAUGAGUCGGAGUUAAGAGAGUCCCGAAUGGCAGCUGAAGAAUUUAAACGUAAAGCUACUGAAUGUCACAACAAAUUGCAAAAGUUACAGGUUAAAGAUCAAGGAAAAAAUGAAGCAGGAGAGUUGUAUUGCAAAUUAGAGAAGAUCAACACAGAACAGCAGGCCAAAAUCCAGGAGCUGCAGGAAAAGCUGACAAAGGCUGUGAAGGCUAGCUCAGAGGCAACAGAACUUCUCCAGAAUAUCCGUCAAGCAAAGGAGAGAGCUGAGAAGGAGUUAGAGAAACUGCAAAAUCGGGAGGAUUCUAAUGAAAGCAUGAAGAAGAAAUUGCUUGAAGCAGAGGAGCGGCGCCAUUCUCUGGAGAAUCAAGUGAAGAGAUUAGAGACUGUGGAACGAAGAGAAAACCGUCUAAAGGAAGAUAUUCAGACUAAAUCUCAACAGAUUCAACAGAUGGCGGAAAAAAUUCUGGAGCUGGAAGAAAAGCAUCGCGAGGCUCAGAUCGCAGCACAACAUCUGGAGUUGCAGCUGAAACAAAAGGAACAAUUCUAUGAGGAAAAACUCAAAGUUUUGGAAAAUCAGAUGAAGAAAGAUCUUGCUGAUAAGGAAGCACUUGAGAAUAUGCUCAGAAGACAUGAAGAAGAAGCACGUGAGAAAUGUAAAGUCCUGGCUGAACAGAAGGCGAUGAUCAAUGCAAUGGAUUCAAAGAUUAGGUCACUGGAGCAAAGAAUAGUGGAAUUGUCUGAGGCCAAUAAACUGGCAGCAAAUAGCAGCCUUUUUACCCAGAGGAACAUGAAAGCCCAGGAGGAGAUGAUUUCAGAGCUCAGGCAACAGAAGUUCUACUUGGAAACACAAGCUGGAAAGUUAGAGGCCCAGAAUCGAAAAUUAGAGGAACAAUUGGAGAAGAUGAGUCACCAAGAUCACACUGACAAGAACCGCCUUCUGGAGUUAGAGACUAGGCUACGAGAGGUUGGUCUAGAGCAUGAAGAACAAAAGCUGGAACUCAAAAGGCAGUUGACAGAAUUGCAGCUGACACUCCAGGAGCGGGAAUCUCAAAUUACUGGGCUGCAGGCUGCACGGACAGCCCUGGAGAAUCAGCUCCGUGAAGCCAAAACUGAACUAGAGGAGACUACAGCUGAGGCAGAGGAAGAGAUUCAAGCUCUCACGGCACAUAGAGAUGAAAUCCAGCGUAAAUUUGAAGCCCUUCGUAAUAGCUGCACAGUGAUAACAGAUUUGGAAGAGCAGCUGAACCAGCUCAGUGAAGACAAUGCAGAACUGAACAACCAGAAUUUCUUCUUGUCCAAACAACUUGAUGAGGCCUCAGGGGCCAACGAUGAGGUUGUCCAGUUGCGAAGUGAAGUUGACCAUCUCCGUCGAGAGAUCACGGAGAGAGAGAUGCAGCUUACCAGUCAGAAACAAACUAUGGAGGCCUUGAAGACAACAUGUACAAUGCUGGAAGAGCAAGUAAUGGACUUGGAGGCCCUGAAUGAUGAACUCUUGGAGAAAGAGCGUCAGUGGGAAGCAUGGAGAAACGUUCUAGGGGAUGAGAAGUCUCAGUUUGAAUGUCGUGUCAGAGAGUUGCAGAGGAUGCUGGAUACUGAGAAACAGAGCAGAGUGCGAGCAGAUCAGCGUAUUACUGAAUCUCGCCAGGUGGUAGAACUAGCUGUCAAAGAACACAAGGCAGAGAUUCUAGCCCUCCAGCAAGCACUUAAGGAACAAAAACUCAAAGCUGAGAGCCUUUCUGAUAAGCUCAAUGACCUGGAGAAGAAGCAUGCUAUGUUGGAGAUGAAUGCACGCAGUUUACAACAGAAGCUUGAGACAGAAAGGGAGCUCAAGCAGAGGCUUCUAGAAGAGCAGGCAAAGCUGCAGCAGCAAAUGGAUCUGCAAAAGAAUCACAUCUUCCGCCUAACUCAAGGACUACAGGAGGCUCUAGAUCGAGCAGAUCUUCUGAAGACUGAAAGAAGUGAUCUGGAAUAUCAGCUGGAAAACAUUCAGGUUCUCUAUUCCCAUGAAAAAGUGAAAAUGGAAGGCACUAUUUCUCAGCAAACCAAACUCAUUGAUUUCUUGCAGGCAAAGAUGGACCAACCGGCGAAAAAGAAAAAGGGCCUGUUUAGUCGGCGGAAAGAGGACCCUUCUUUACCCACACAGGUUCCCCUGCAAUACAAUGAGCUGAAAGUGGCACUGGAGAAGGAGAAAGCUCGUUCUGCUGAGCUGGAGGAGGCUCUACAGAAAACACGCAUUGAGCUCAGAUCUGCUCGUGAAGAAGCUGCUCAUCGGAAAAUAUCAGACCACCCUCAUCCAUCCACUCCAGCCACAGCCAGGCAGCAGAUCAUCAUGUCUGCCAUAGUCCGCUCACCAGAGCAUCAGCCUACUCCGAUCAGUCUGCUAGCUCCACCCUCCAGUCGCAGGAAGGAAUCUUCCACGCCAGAGGAGUACAGUCGGCGCCUGAAAGAGCGAAUGCAUCACAAUAUCCCACAUCGUUUUAAUGUGGGUCUAAAUAUGAGAGCAACAAAAUGUGCGGUAUGUCUGGAUACUGUGCACUUUGGACGGCAAGCAUCUAAAUGUCUUGAAUGCCAGGUGAUGUGUCACCCAAAAUGCUCAACUUGCUUGCCAGCUACUUGUGGACUGCCAGCAGAAUAUGCCACACACUUCUCUGAAGCAUUCUGCCGGGAUAAAAUGAAUUCUCCCGGUCUGCAGCUGAAGGAGCCAAGCAGCAGUCUACGUCUUGAAGGGUGGAUGAAAGUGCCAAGGAAUAAUAAACGUGGGCAGCAGGGCUGGGACAGGAAGUAUAUAGUCCUGGAAGGAACAAAAGUGCUCAUUUAUGAUGCAGAAGCAAGAGAAGCUGGACAGAGGCCUCUGGAAGAAUUUGAGCUCUGCCUUCCUGAUGGUGAUGUAACUGUUCAUGGAGCUGUAGGAGCUACUGAACUUACCAAUACAGCAAAGACAGAUGUGCCAUAUAUCCUAAAAUUGGAGUCUCAUCCACACACCACUUGCUGGCCUGGUAGAACACUCUACCUGUUAGCACCCAGCUUCCCUGACAAACAGCGCUGGGUCACAGCACUGGAAUCAAUAGUGGCAGGUGGGAGAGUUUCCAGAGAAAAGGCUGAGGCUGAUGCUAAAUUGCUUGGAAACUCCCUGCUGAAGCUCGAAGGUGAAGACCGUUUGGAUAUAAAUUGCACAAUGCCCUUUAGUGACCAGGUAAUGACAAUGGUAGUACUUGUGGGUGCAGAGGAAGGUCUCUAUGCCCUGAAUGUAUUAAAGAAUUCCUUAACGCACAUCCCAGGAGUGGGUGCUGUCUUCCAAAUUCACCUCAUCAAGGAUCUGGAGAAGCUACUCAUGAUAGCAGGAGAAGAAAGGGCUUUGUGUCUCGUGGAUGUAAAAAAAGUGAAGCAAUCGCUAGCCCAGUCUCACCUCCCAGCCCAGCCUGAUAUCUCACCAAAUGUCUUUGAGGCUGUCAAAGGAUGUCACCUUUUUGCUGCUGGCAAGGUGGAGAAUGGUCUUUGUAUCUGUGCAGCCAUGCCCAAUAAAGUGGUUGUUCUGCGAUAUAACGAGAGCUUGAACAAGUUCUGCAUCAGAAAGGAGAUUGAAACCUCAGAGCCUUGCAGCUGCAUACAUUUAACCACUUACAGCAUCAUCAUUGGAACCAACAAGUUCUAUGAAAUUGAGAUGAAACAGUAUACGCUGGAGGAGUUUCUGGAUAAAAAUGAUCAUACUUUGGCCUCUGCUGUGUUUGCUGCAUCGACCAACAGUUUCCCAGUCAGUAUCAUCCAGGUGAACCCAACGGGGCAGAGGGAGGAAUAUCUGCUGUGUUUCCAUGAGUUCGGGGUCUUUGUGGAUUCCUAUGGAAGACGCAGUAGGACGGAUGACCUGAAAUGGAAUCGCUUACCUUUAGCUUUUGCCUACAGGGAGCCCUAUCUCUUUGUGACCCACUUCAAUUCCCUUGAAGUGAUAGAGAUUCAGGCACGAGCUUCUCUAGGAACUCCUGCACGAGCCCACUUGGAGAUACCAAAUCCGCGGUACCUAGGGCCUGCAAUUUCAUCUGGAGCUAUCUACUUGGCCUCCUCCUACCAAGACAAAUUAAGAGUGAUUUGCUGUAAGGGCAAUCUGGUGAAGGAGACCAACAAUGAGCAGCAUCACAGAGGAUCUUCUGCUACACGCAGCUGUUCGCGUCCAUUAUUUUUGAAUGACAGUAGCCCUAACAAGAGAGGUCCGCCCACAUACAACGAGCACAUAACCAAGCGGGUUGCAUCAAGCCCAGGACCACCGGAAGGUCCAAGCCACCCUCGAGAACCAAGCACACCACAUCGGUACCGCGAGGGAAGGACAGAGCUGCGGAGGGACAAGUCACCUGGGCGACCACUGGAGAGGGAGAAAUCUCCAGGCCGGCUUCUGAGCACCCGCAGAGAAAGGUCCCCUGGAAGACUGUUUGACGAGAGCAGCCGAGGACGAAUGCCCGUGAGUGGUGCCAGAACUCCUCUUGCUCAAGUCAACAAGGUCUGGGACCAGUCUUCAGUGUAAGUCUCAGCUAGACAAAGUUAUUCAUCUUGACCUGCAGGAAAAAAAAAAAAAAAAAAAAAAAAAUGAAAUAUACUGAGUAUAUGCACUCCAUGUCUGCUGCCCAGUUACCAACCAGCAUUUCUGGGCCAAAGCUAGCUCCGCAUCAGGAGAUGUGACGCUUCUGAAGAUUGUUCGCAUCUCAGUUAAUUUCUCUGCACUUUCCUGCACUCCUGUUUUUGCACUUUGUACUACUGUUACUCUUUCAAGCAGUUCAUGAACUUUUUGUAUUCACUUUAUUCCCUAGUGCUUCAUCAAGGAAAUCAAAUGGGACUAGAGUCCCACCCCAGAUCUUCAAUGUGGUUAGCACCCCUUACCAGAUAAUUGAUCAUAGUUCUGAGAUGUGCUGGGAAUUCCUGGUGGCCUGGAAACAGAAGGGCCAAGGUCGUUCAGUAGAAGGUGUGACUGGAUAUUCUUUACACAACACACAAAAAUUACUUUUGUAGUCUGUUCACCUGCCACUUCUGAGAGUUAUUUUGUUCUCACUCAACUUGCUCUAGAGCAGCUCUGGGGAGGGAAGAACCCCGCUUUAAGUGAUCCCAUGUGCCCUGCCCCAAGACAAAGUGCAUUAUCUAUAAGCUACUGGGGUGUUAAGACUUUAUCCAGGUCUUCUGCAUGACAGUUCACUGCAUGCUGCUGCACCAUCACUGGCUGCUCUCUCCUUUUAGGUUGCUUUGCUGAGUAGUGUAUUGUACCUCACUUGUAAAUUAACUGAAACCUCUAGAUUACGCUGCAAAAUAAUCGUUAAUUACUCUGGAAAUUUGGCAAUGAAGAGUUAACAAGCCUUAUUCUAUGACAAGAAUUACAGUCACAGUUGUGUUCUCCUCUCAGCAUUAAACGUGGUCCUUUCAGAAAUUACACCACAGCUCCGUCUCAAAGCCCACGAGGAGCCCACGUUCCCCAGGGAGAGGAGCAGCCCAGAGCUGGCUCAUCCCUGUGAGCUGUAACUUGCCGUACAAUAAGCACCAAAUGUCACGGCACGAGAGGAUACUCACAAUGAACAGCUUUAGCGGUUACUGAACACACCUUCGCCUUCGCUUCUGCGUAUCUAACCUCGAGCCAUUUAUUGCUUUCUAUUCUCUUUUGCUGUGAACACGAAGCAGAGAGCAAAAGAUUUUCAAAGCAGAUUUUUGACCAUUCAGUCUGCAAUAGCAACAUUCGAAGUGAACAACCAUGUUCUUUACAACUGGAAAGAGCAAAACUGCAUCCAAUCUCCCUUGGCCACACUCUUAAAACUUCUGCUAGUCCCUUGCAAGCCCGUGCUAACCUGUUCUAAAAAUCCCUAAGAAGUCAAAUGCCUUGUCAGUGUCCUUUGGCAGGUUUCAUGAAUAUUGUAUUCUGUUCUCUUGUCUGUUGGGUUAUUUUAGGUCAGAUGAUAUGGCAGGAAACUUGCUGAAAGUUUUGUCUUCUGGUCUGAAUAUUUUGAAGGGUCACUGAGAUCAGUCUUUAAAUCUUUGCAUCUCAUGGAAGAUCUUCAAGACCUCAGAAACGGGCUUGUUGAGUCCUGAAAGUGUAUAUCUUGUGUCUUGUUCGUGAAAUGCUUCCUGCUAUAGAAAUAGCUCAAAGGACUGUACAUAUUUACAAGAAACUUUAUAUUCGUAACAAAAGGGAAUUGAAUUGGUUUCUACUUUUUUAUUGUAAACUGUGUGUUUUUCAACACUAGCUUUUUUGUUUUAAUGGUGGUUGUGGACAGCCAUCUUCAGACACUGGAGGGGCCUCAGCUUAAUCCUCCUAGCUCCCAUGAAGAAAUAUUGUAACAUUAAAUUGCAACUGAAGCUUGUUAGCAUAAAUGAGGUUUUAGGUAUCUAAAAGUACAGGAAUUUUCUUCAUUACCUUUUUAUUAUUGAUAAGGGAGGGAACUAGAGGGACAGUUCAAAGCUCCAUCUGGAAAGUAUUGAACUUUGUUGUUGAACAAUAACCAAAUAAAACAAAUAACUAUCUUGACUGGCAUGGUGAAAUGAACGCUUCCUUCUAUACAGAGAAACCCGUAGCCAUCCUAAUAUUGCACCCAGCAUUCGAGGCUGUGUAAUCUAUAGGCGUCAGAGCUUACCAAAGAGCUAACCGUGACUAUUUAGCAUUUUAAUAGUCGUUAUGCCCUGAACUAGUAGCAUAAGUGGCUUCACAAAAGCAAAGCAUGUUCACAUGAACUAAAACAGAGGGAUCUCUCCAACUCUUUUACUCUAGCAGCAGUCAGCUGCGAACACCUACAGCUAAAUUCUGCCCUCACGUACUUAACUGGUGAUGUGGGUAGAGGUAAGACACGUGUGAGUAUAUGGGAAAAGAAUGUGGCCCUGCUAAAUGACCCGUGCAGUUUGAGCUGGAAAAAAAAUCUUAAUUAACAAUAGUGUGAUCUAAUGACAGGUUUUGGGAUUUAUCCCAGCAGAGUACUGGUAGCAAAGGGGACAGAUAGUUACUCAUCCCACUGCUGUAUUAUGCUGGUGCUUUAAGGCCUAAUAGCUGCAACUUUUUAAGAAAAGCAACAUUCACAAAUCUAAUUCAGAUUGAGUACAACCUGCAGAGUUGCUGUACAUCUUAACUUACACCUGCUGGGAAAACUUGCUAGAUCAGACUUAAAUGUAAAUACAUCUAUUUUUAACUGAACCAGUUUUUACAGGGUCUGAAGUAUUCUUUCACAGGAAGAGGUUUUUAAUAUUCACACUGCUGCCUACAGUAACUUAAUUUGUCCUCCUACUGUUCAGUGUUUUUGGUUUUGUGCACAUAGCCGCCCCCUUACCCCCAAUAAAGGGCUUGUUGGAGGGUGUGUGGGAGGGUUACUAAUAGCUCCUAUUACAUUUUGGUCUACAUGACAUUCUUCAUGAAAAUGCUCUACAUAAAAACCAAGCUGCUUGAUUUAUCUAUUGUGCCUACUAUCUGAUGUAUAUGAUGAAAUGCUAACUUGUUAAAUGUUCCUUUAUUUCUAUUUUACUGUGCACAAAGAAUACUUAUUUAAAGCUCAUUGUUGCAGUCCUAUGAUGCAUGAUCAGAAUUGUAACAAAACUAAAAUAAUCCAGAAACUGGUGGAGUAAAAAGAAAAUUACUUAUUGAGCCUUUUGAUUAUCAAGAACCCUGCACAAAUCCACUUCAGCAUGACCACCCCAUGUCAUGCUGAAAGUUAGGGGGGCGGGGGGUGGGGGAAGGGAGUUCCUGUUAUUUAUAGAACCUAAUGGCUUACUCCAGCAUCCCAGAAUGAGAGUAACAAAAGGCUCUGCAUCUACCUUAAAAAAAAAAAGUGCUCUCCUAGCAACAGCCAAGAAUAAACAUAACAGCACAGACUGUGAGAGGUAGGAGGGGAAUGUAAGCGAGCUAAUAAAUCCAACGCUUCA